UCUCACCUCUCAUUAUAACACGUAUGAAUAACAUAAUUUUUUAUAACUUUAUGAGUAAUUAUUCAUUAGAUAAUCAAAUUUUCAUUUUAUUUAACGAUUAUAACUUUCUUAUCAUUGACGAACAGCGUCGCACACUGAGUAAUUAAUAUCGUGUCACGUAAUAUUUUUGGAUUAAUUGAGAAUAGAAACGCCGGUUUUUGAAAUGAAAUACUUUAAUCAAAUAAUUGAAUUUAAUUGUAUAUUUUGUUGAUUUAUUGAACUUAUUAUGUCUAAUCAAUUAAGAGGUACAUCUUUUGUUCAAAAAAUUAACUAUGAGGCCCUAGAGCAUACAAAUUUGCUUGAACAGAAAUGGAAAGGUUAUAAACAUGAAUACGAAGAUUUAAAAAAAUGUUUAGAAGAAUAUCCUAAAGAAUUAUCAGCAUCUAUAAUGAUGCCAAUAGGACCAAAAGUAUUUGUUAGAGCACAACUUUGUAAUACUAAUGAAAUAAUUAUUAGACACGGUGAGAACAUUUUUACCAAACAAACUGCUUUUCAAGCAAAAUCUGUGUGUGAUCGUCAAAUAAAAAGGUGUACUAAUGCACUUGCAGCCAUUGACAAAGAAAAAAAUUUCUUAAGUCAAAAUAUUGUGGCUAGACAUCAGGCCACUACUGAUGUUACUCAAGAAAUAAUUGAACCAUUAGAUGAAGCUGAAGAAGCAAUAUGGAGAGAAAGGCAUAAAAUUAAAGAAAGAGAAUAUAGACAGCAAUUAGCAAAAAUGCGUAAAAAAAAUUUAAAAAUAGAAAAUGAUGCACUUAAACGACUAGAGGAACUAGAAUUACUUGAAACACUUGAGGAUGAUUUAAUACGGAAUGAAGUUAAUAUAGACAGUGAUGACUCAUCAUUAAAUGAGAGCAACGAUGAUGAUGAUGAUGAUGGUGACAAUGUCGAUGAUGAUGAUGAUGAUGAUAAUGAUACAAAAGAACUUGAGAUUGUUUUUAGUGAAGAUGCUCCCGUAACUUGUAUCAAGAAAAAAUCUUUCAAGAAAAGGGUUUCAUUUAACAAUGAUGUUCAAAUUAAAGAAUUUGAAAUUAGGCCCGAAGAAUACUUUAUUCAAAGAAAAGAAGAGCUUAUACACAAUAAAUCAGAAAUAUUAUUAACAGAAAUAGAUGAUAUUAUAGAGAGAGAAUCAGACUUGGAUACAUAUAUUACAGAAGAAACAAAGGAAGAAGAAAGUAGUGACAAUAGCACUAAACCAAUUAGCAUGUUUAAAGCUAAUCGAAUGAAGAAUAAAAAAAACUAAGCCGUUCUUCAGUAGUUACUUAACAAGUUCAUUAAAAAAAAUUCAACAGUUAAUGACUAAAAUAAGUAUAAUAUUUGAUUUAAACUUAAAUUUUAGUUUUUGAAAUAUUUAUGUAUUAAUUUAUUUGUAUUCAUACUAAAUAUUAUUCCAUACUUUCAUAUUAUCACUACUAUAACUGCCAUCACAACCGCUCUAAAGUAUUAUAUUUUGAUAAAUUAUAUAAAAUUUGAGAAAUAUCUCGCAAAAAUAUACUAAUUAAAUAUAUUAUGUAAUGUAAUAAUAAACUUUUGCUGGACGGCUAGUUUGUAAUAUUUCAGAAAAAAAAUAGAUGCCAAAUUAAAUGACAAAACUAAACAAACAUAAGUCAAUAAUUUACUAAUAAUUAUUUUUCAAUAAUAAUAUUUAAUUGAUAUUAUAAUAUAAUUACUUCGAUAAUAGUGAGGAUUUAAAGGUAAAUAUUACAUAAUAUAUUUUUAUGUGACAUAAAAUUGCAAUUAUAAAAAAUUCAUAGCUUAACUAAUUAUGUAUAGCAGGUAAUAACAUUUGUACUUGAGAACAUUAAAAUUAUAUAUAUGAUUAAUAUUAGAUAAUAUAUUUUUCCUUGGCUUGUUAUGGUAGCAAUACUAAAUAUGUAUAUUAAUAGCAAAAUAAAAUCUAAAAAAAUACUGUGAGCACCAUCUAAACAUUUAUACUAGGUAUGAGUUAAUAAUUAUUUUAAAGUUAAAGAAAAAUUAUAUUUUAGUUGAGUGACAUUUUUUUUUUUAUAGAUUUUUUGUAUAAACAAUGCAUUUAAGUUCUUUAAAAUUAGCCACAAGUAAUUAAUUUUUAUUAUAUAAUGCAUUUAAGGUUAAAUAAUUGUAAAAUAUGUCAUAAUAUUACAAACAAAAUUUUUUUUAAUUGUAAUCAACACACUAACUUAAAUC